GUCAGUCUGUCAAUCACGUGGCGGCGUAAUGCGGACGGCGUAUACGGACGGCGCCUCGUUCCGCCGCCGUAUUUGAGCCUAGAGUGCUUGGGAAGCUGCGGUUUGCUCCGUCCUCCCAUCUCUCUCGGGGCCGUCGUCUCGUUGCCUACAAUGCCAGCCCCAGCCGCUGUCUACGUCGUCGGCGCCGUGGCUGUUGUAGCCGGUGUUUUCGCGUUUAAGGAGUUUGUGUACGAGCCUCACAUUGCUCCGAGGCUCGAGGCAUGGGCAGAGGCGUUCGUUGAGAACCGCCGUCAGCAGCGAGCACGACGUCGAGGUCUCGUUGCUGCGCAGUCGGUCUCUGAGCAUGGCGAUGAGAACAGGACCCGUCGAUCUACGGAAUCAGGCAACGGCGACAGCCGCCCUAGUGCACCGGUUAGAGCGCGCGGCCGACGCGACAACGGCGACGACGACGAUGGCGUGGGCACCUCUGUCGAGCUAGAGCAGCUCGUAGCGCGAGAGGCUAGUGGCUGGAGCGACGACGGUAGGCAGAACGGUCUAAGACACAGGAAGACCGCGGGCACAAUGGACGAGAGCAACGUAUUCCUUCCUUACCGGCCUAUGUCUCCUACCCAUGUCAUCUUCGACUCAUCUGCAGCCUCCACCCCGACCACGCCGUCCUCUAGUGGCUCAAGAUUACAGAGUCCCCGCGGUGCAGCUACGCCGCUCCUGCAGACUCCCUCCGUUCCGUCUCCCAAAUCUCGCCCGUCGUCAGUCGCUUCCCUCAAUGUAGCUCACAUCCCGCCUACGCCCGUCUCCAUCCGCUCAGUAGCCUCAUCGCGAGUCCAGUCUCCGCAUAUGAUGGACGCUAUGUCUUCGCGAUCGUCGAGCCCGGAUGUACCUGCAAUGUACAACACCGCCCUCAUGGGAUCGAUCGGCAACUUGUCGGAUCGGGCAAGUGCCACUGCAACAUCUAUCCCUGCUUCUCGAGUCCAAUCGCCUUUCUCCGACUACCAUCUGGCGGCCCCAGUACCCUCCUUACCGCCGUCCCGCAUCCAGUCUCCGUUCUCUGACAUCCAUGCCGUUAUAGCGCGCAGUCCGACGCUGACCGCGCGGUCCGGUAUGACGUCGCCCUUCAGCCAGAUGUCUGAGCCGAUGUCUGACUUCGACCUGCCGUCGGACAGCGAGGACGAUGUGAUGUCCUUGCGUUCUGGGAUGUUCAGCCCCAAUGUGUCAAGCCGCCAGGAGGAACGCGCGUUUGACGUCCUGUCUAUCCACGGGAGUGAAGGCUCCAGCUGGGGAAGCGUCGGUCGUCGGACGCCCGAGCCCUAAACCUUCUUUACACAGCUCGCACAGCUCGUCUCCGUUAAUCAGCUGAACGAACGGUUCCUCGCCUGCUUUUGGUCUGUGGUCUGUACUAUAAUCACUAUCCGUCCUGUCCGGCCAUUGUUAUAUUCGCGCACUGCUAUCGUGUACAUCCAUCGAGCCACUGUAGAACCACCGUACCCCUCUGUUGUACAGAUACCGCAGUUCUUGUAUCUAUGUGUUCAUAUUGGACCCUUUUCGCAGCGAA